UAGUAUUUGGACUGUCCAUGUGACUUGUGAGCGUUGGAGUUACAGAAGUGCACAGCAUGCGCACUGCAGCAUCUCGGUUCAAGAACGGAGAAUGACAGGAUCUUUGUCAGGUGUAUGAUCGUCCUUUGUCCGUGGUUCAGCACAUCAUGACUAGCAUGUCUACCCACGAAGGAGCUCUGCAAGACUUUUGUGGGCCUCCUAAUAACGACUCCCUCUUCUGGCCUGACAAAGCCUAUGGGUAUUGUAAGGAGCUCCUGGUCUUUGACUCCACCAGCUACGCUCUGCUUGCCAUCACUAGUGGCCUAUACAUAGGCCACAUCCAGCACACAGAGCAUGAAAACUUGAAGAGAUCACGAGCUGUACAUAUACGGCUUGUCGUGUCUCUGGUCGCCAGCUUGUCACCAGUGUUGGGGAUAAUUUUGAGCUUAAAUCAUGCCGUAAAGCCACUUGCGCCAGUUGAAUACCUUACGGAUGGUUGUGUUUUCUUUGCCUGGGUUGUGCAUGCCCUUUACCUCAUCAAGCUACGGAGAACAGGGACAAAGCAUGUGAGGGGUCAUUUACCGGUCCUGCUCAUGUGGCCCCUAACUUUUCUGUCCACUGUCGUGAAGGUGGCACGAGUUUUUCGCAAUAUCGUUCACAAAGAAAGAGUAGAGUUGGAUGAGAUUGCCAGAAUUUUAGCAUUUGUAGAAUUUGCUUUGCAGCUGCUGUAUUUAGUGUCAGUGUUGCCCUCCCCUAAACUCGCCAGAAAGAACUACGAGAAGAAUCGAGGUAGGCCCAUCUUUCCGAGCAUCAAUGACGGUGCUUGGGAUGAGGCAUCACCCUUGGUGGGAGGACGGAGGAGGUCUUACACGCUGGAUGAGUACGGUCUCCUCCCUGAUCUUGGCAUUGCUGAGGAGCAAGGCGGUUUCCUGUCCAAGGCUAUCUUGUGGUGGAUCCAGCCGUUGAUGAGACGGGGAGCGCAGGGUCAGCUGAGAAGCCCAGACGAUGUAUUCAGGCUGCCCAGGUCGUUACAGACCCACAAUGUGGAGCAGGCCUUUGGCAGGAUCUUUUUCCGUGGUAAGCUAUCCCAGGGAGUCACGGAUUACAGUGGGACGUACAACGCAUCUCGACUAGAGGAUUCCCAGAUGCCUGCAGGCUCUCUCUUUUCUGAAGAACCACUCCACAGCUUUUUGGGAGCCAGCUAUAGCAGUCAGUAUGACGAAGUGCCAUCUUAUGAAGUCAGAAACCCCAGGUCAAAGACAUGUGCACAACCCACCCUCCUCCAGGCACUGUUGAAAGCUUUCGGAGUUCGCUUCUUCUCACUCGGAAUAGUAAAAUUUGUCUGUGACAUGUUAACCUUUGCUGGACCCCUACUCCUCAAUGCUUUGGUCACUUUCAUGGAGAACAAGAAGGAACCAGUCCGGAAUGGUUGGCUGUAUGCCCUUGGUCUCUUUCUCUCGUCACUGAUCGGCUCAUUCAUGUCUAUUCACUACAACUACCAAAUCUUCAAGAUCUUGAUCCGCAUGCGGGCUGCCCUAGUCACCACGACUUACCGCAAGGCCCUCGUGGUCAGCUCUACCACUGCCUCGCAGUUCACGACCGGUGAGAUUGUGAACUUCAUGAGCGUCGAUUCAGAGAGGAUCAUCAAUGUCUGCAGAAGCUUCCAUGAGUUGUGGAGCCUCCCUGUCAAGGUCACUGUCGCCCUGUUUCUCUUGUAUCAGCAACUGGGACUGGCAUUUCUUACGGGAGUUGGUUUCACUCUGUUGCUGAUUGCUAUGACAAAAUGGCUGACAGUCAAGAUCCAGAAGUACUUUGAAGAUCUGAUGCGUCACAAGGACAGCAGGAUAAAGGUGAUGAGUGAGAUCCUGUAUGGUAUCCGUGUUAUUAAGUUCUACGCUUGGGAAAAACACUUCACGCACCGGAUCAAGGAGCUGCGAGACCAGGAGUUGAGCAGUCUUAAAGGAGUCAAGUAUCUGGACGCCAUGUGCGUGUACUUCUGGGCAACCACACCCAUACUCAUCUCCAUCCUAUCCUUCACCACCUACUCACUACUCGGAAAGCCGCUCACGGCUGCUAAGAUAUUUACCAGCUUGGCCCUUUUCAACAUGCUGAUCGGCCCACUCAACAGCUUUCCCUGGGUCCUUAAUGGCGUCAUCCAGGCUUGGGUAUCUGUCAAGAGAGUCAAGGGCUUCUUGGAGCUACAGGAGCUGGAUCCCCCAACCUAUUACACCCCAGAAGACACAAUGGACCCCAACUCAUACCUUGAGAUCAAGCACGGCAGCUUCCAAUGGGACCACCCCAGGAAAACGGAGAAUACCUCUGGGGAUGAGGAGGCAAAGAAGUCUGGCAGACCAGCUGGGAAAGAUGUAGAUGGGAUGGGGCAGGGGGAGGAGGGGACAGGUGUCCUGAAACUGUCCAGUUUGAAUUUACGCGUUGGCAGGGGUCAGCUGGUCGGGGUCAUAGGUUGCGUGGGCUCUGGCAAGAGUUCCCUCCUGUCUGCGAUUACAGCCGAGAUGACCCACACCGGCGGUUCCAUCAGUGUGUCAGACCUGAUGAGUGGCUUCGGCCUGGUUCCUCAGGAGGCUUGGGCGCAGCAUGCUACCUUGCGGGAUAAUGUCUUGUUUGGCACAGAUUAUAUUGCCAAGAGGUACCGAGCGGUCAUUGAGGCAUGCGCUCUCCUGGAAGACGUCAGAAUUCUACCAGCAGGAGACCUGACUGAGAUAGGAGAGAAUGGAGUGACCCUCAGUGGAGGCCAGAAGGCGAGGGUGGCCCUGGCCAGAGCCGUUUAUCAGGAUAAAGACCUGUACCUACUGGACGACCCAAUGGCUGCUGUGGAUGCACAUGUAGGGGCGCACAUCUUCUCCCAGUGCAUCAUGGGAUUGCUCAGAAACAAGACCAGAAUCCUUUGCACCCACCAUACCAAGUACCUUCAGGAAGCCGAUGUGGUUGUGGUGAUGGAAGGUGGAGAAAUUACAAAUGUCGGACAUCCCUCGAUGAUUUUGAAAAACAAGAACCUGCUGACCUCAUUGCAGUACAAAGACCAAGAAAUCACAGACUCAACCGAAGGUGACAGCAAGAACUUGGAAAAGGACGGGGCGGAGCCAAAGACGGAAGAGGAGGAUGGCAAGCUGGUUGAGGAGGAGGAGCAAGAUGUGGGCGUGGUCAAGCUGAAGGUUUAUAAGGCGUACUGGAAUGCCGUAGGAUGCCUCCUUGCAACCAGUGUCCUGAUUGCGAUGUUCUUAAUGCAAGCUUCCAGGAAUAUGACCGAUUGGUGGCUGUCGUACUGGGUCGGUCAUUCCCACACCAACGACACAAUCAGCUCAAGCUACAGCAGUGAUACCACUGGCCAUGACAGAAGUAUCACAAGGGAACUGAGCAUUCUUGCAGAAGUUCCGUACACCAGGAUAAACCGGACAAGUGAUGACAACCUUGUCUUCUUUCUCGGCAUCUACGGUGGCAUAGUCGGAGCAAACAGCAUUUUUACCCUGUUCAGAGCCUUCCUGUUUGCCUACGGUGGCCUGUGCGCUGCCAGAACUGUGCACAGCAAACUUCUGGCCAGCAUUUUGAAGGCCCCCGUCUCCUUCUUUGACACCACGCCCAUCGGCCGCAUCAUCAAUCGUUUCUCCUCGGACGUGUACACCAUCGACAAUGACCUCCCGUUUGUCUUCAACAUCUUCUUGGCCUCCCUUUUCAGCACAGUGGGUGCCUUUGCCUUGGUGUGUUACGGACUGCCAUGGUUUUCCAUCGUACUGCUCCCCAUGUUUAUACUCUACGUGUACAUCCAGAAUUACUACCGGAAGACAUCUCGUGAAUUGAGGAGGAUUGAGAGUGUGACCAUGUCUCCAAUCUACGCCCACUUCUCCGAGACUCUGGCUGGACUACCGACUAUCAGGGCACUCAGAGCCACUGAAAGGUUCCGAUUGGAGAAUGCUACCAAGCUGGAGACCAAUCAGAGGGUUCGUUUCUGCAGCUUUGCAGUGACGUGUUGGCUGUCCGUCUGCCUUCAGAUGUUGGGUGUUGGCAUCGUUACCGCCGUGGCUGUCAUAUCUGUUUUGGAACACCAAUUUCAGACCGUCAGUCCAGGUUUGGUUGGGUUGGCUAUCUCCUACACCCUGUCCAUUAGCUCCUUGCUGCAGUCCAUGGUGACCACCUUCACCGACACCGAGAAGAACAUGGUCAGCAUGGAGAGGGCUGAGCAGUACAUCAAGGGCCUACCCUACGAGCAGCAAGAGGGACUGCGCAAGGUAGCACCUUCCUGGCCCCAAUAUGGCCAAGUCUCCUUCAAGAAUGUCUCUUUUGCCUAUCGCCCAAACCUCCCAAAUGCAUUGGAUGGAGUCACAUUUGACCUACAACCUGCUGAGAAGCUAGGCAUUGUGGGAAGGACUGGGGCAGGGAAGUCAUCACUCUUACAGGUGCUAUUCCGAAUGGUGGAAAUUCAGAGUGGUCAGGUAUCCAUUGAUGGAGUGGAUUUAGCGCACUUGUCAUUGGAGGAACUCAGAUCCAAGCUUGCCAUCAUACCCCAGGAUCCCUUCCUCUUCAUCGGUUCCAUCAGGGAAAACCUGGAUCCAACAGAACGAUUCUCAGACAGGGAUCUCUGGGUGGUGCUGGAGAAGUGUCACCUGCAAUCUGUGGUAGAGAGCCUGGGAGGUUUGCAGGCUCAGGCUGGGGAGAAAGGCCGCAAGUUUUCUGUGGGUCAGAGACAGCUGGUGUGCCUGGCAAGAGCUAUGCUCACCGGUGCCAAGGUCCUGUGCAUCGAUGAAGCCACUGCCAGCGUUGACAUGGCAACCGACCGUCUCCUCCAGCGGACCAUCCGGCAGGAGUUUGCGGCCAGCACGGUGCUGACCAUCGCCCACCGGCUCGACACCAUCAUGGACAGCGACCGGGUGCUGGUCAUGAGCAGUGGUCAGGUGGCCGAGCUGGCCAGUCCAGCAGAACUUCUAGAGGACCCAACCUCUAUAUUUUAUGGCCUUGUCAACAGUGGUAACAGUUCCAAUGAGGGGUUUGUGUAAGACAAGUGCCUUGGGCUCAAGGUCCACUUGCGUCAAGUUAUUGCUGAAUUUUAAAUUUAAAAUGUCAUAAAUUUGCUGCCAGUUCUUCUCAUACAUAUUAUAUUUUCCUACUUCAUAGGAUUGUUUGUACAUUAGCCGAAUCCAGGGGUGUGAGUGGAAUAAAAAAAAUCAAAUUAGCUACAAUUGGGAGUGGGAAGCAUAUAUGGCAUGGGGUCCAGGGCCUUUAACCCUAACCCUCCUCAAUCCUUCACCUGUUGGAGGAUUGAGGAGGGUUAGGGUUAAGGAGGCCCUGGGAAA